CACCCACACCUUCAACUAAUUUUAACUGUAAUACUAAUAAUAAUGAUCUUUACUUUAUUUAAGAAUUAAUUCUAUCAUUAAUCGAUGAUAUUCUUCAACAAAUUCCGCCAAAGAAAGAUUUUAAUUUAUUAAAACAAAAAUUUCAACAACGUGUAACACCAUUAACAAUUGUUCUUUUACAAGAAAUUCAACGAUUUAAUUUACUUACAUCUAUUAUGUGGAAAUCUAUGAAUGAAUUAAAACAAGCAUUAAAUGGUCAAAUUAAUUUUUCAAUUCAACUUGAUGAAAUUAAUAAAGAUUUAUAUCAUGGACAAAUACCUACAUUAUGGAAAUCAUAUACACCACAAACAAAAAAAUCACUUGCAAAUUGGAUUGAACAAUUUCGACAACGUAAUCAACAAUAUGAUAAAUGGAUACAAGAUGGUGAAUUAAAAGUUAUUAAUCUAAGUGGUUUACAUGUACCUGAAUCUUAUCUAGCUGCAAUUAUGCAAAUAGCAGCACGAAAAAAUCAAUGGUCUUUAGAUCGAACAACAUUCUAUACAUAUGUAACAAAAUGGCUAAAUAUAAAUGAUAUCGAUGAACCUAUACAAAAUAUAUGCUUAAUCGAAGGUUUAUAUUUAGAAGGUGCUCGAUGGGAUAUAGAAAAUAAUUGCUUAAUUGAACAAACAAAUAAACAACUUAUUCAAAUGAUGCCAUUAAUUAAAAUUAUACCAAUUGAAACAAAUCGAAUUAAUACGAAUAAUUAUUUAGCAACACCAGUUUAUAUAACAAGUGAUCGUCGAAAUGCUAUGGGCAUAGGUUUUGUUUUUGAAGCUAGUCUUUAUACAAAAAAAGAUCUUUCACAUUGGAUACUCAAUGGUGUUUGUUUAUUAUUAAAUACAGAUUCAUGA